AUGACGAAAAAAGACAUUUCCAUUACUCUGUCGGCUUUUUUCAUGAAGUUGAUAGGUUGUUGGCUGGUGAGAACCGAUGGGGAACGAAGGUUGAGAACGCUCGCCGUGGUCUACACGUUCUUUAUACUGUGUUUCAGCAUAUACAUCUUCAUAACUGACAUGUACCAUAGUUUGGACGACAUCGACAAUUUUCUUUAUGUAGCUGCACACUUUCUAAUGUCCAUCACAUCAUUGUUGAAGUGCAGCCUGUUGUACCGAAACAAACAAAGAUUUUUAAAGUUGAUGAUCUACACGAGGACGCAUUUCUGGGACAUCGAGUACAACGAAGACGAGCAAGUUACAUCUGUAUACCAAUUUAUGUUUUUUCCGCGCAUUUCAGAGACCGUCUCGGGAAACGCAACAGUAAUUGUGCUUCCAUUCAGGAUGUGGCCGGUUCUGGGCAUACCAAUUUACGACACGCCUUAUUUCGAAAUACUAUUCAUCGUCCAGGCGUUCUGCUGUUUCCAAAUCGGCCUGUCCUUCGUAGCACUCGACAACUUUCUCAUUCUCAUCAAUACGCACACAGCCUGCCAAUUCCAAAUACUGCAACUCAGGUUUACUAAUUUGUUCGACACUAGCAGCAAAUUGAUCGAACAGCCUGAUUAUGCGGAUAGAUGUUACAAAAACCUCAAGGCGUGUAUUCAACAGCAUCAAGCGCUUAUCGAAUACUGCAUCAGAGCGGAGGCUGUCUUUUCAUUUAAUAUCUUAAUUUAUGUGGUGGUAUUCGGCGUGGGAACCUUCUUCAUACCAAAUGAUCUUUUACAGGGCGAUAUAUCUGUUGAACGACGAGUGUGUUUCAUAUUGUACGUAGGUGGUAUUAUACUUCAAUUGCUACUGAUUACGCAUUCUUGCGGUAUAUUGAUAACUGAAAGCACGAACAUUGGAUCGGUUGUGUACGCAACUUUGUGGCCCGUUUUGUCAACGAAUAGAUCCGGCAGAAUGCUGAGAAGACACAUACAUAUGAUCAUACUGAGAUCACAGAAACCCUGUCAGUUAACUGCUGGCGGAUUCUUCCCUGUGUCCUUACAGACCCUCGUCAGUACCGCAGUGUCUUACUUCACUCUGCUGAAGCAGUCAUCGGAAUCCUAA